AUGGAGAUUGCAUUGGAAACAAUAAUGGGAGUGGAGCUGAAUACAAAACAUAGUGAUGAACUUGUGGCGAAAAUGCAUACAUUGAUGGAAAAUAUAUCUUUGGAAACAGCAUUGUCACCCAUGAAAUUAGGUUUUAUAGUACGGACUUCUUCUUAUUACAAAAUUUUGGAGUAUUUGCAGACAUUUUUAAAAAGUAUUAUUUCCCGCAAAGCCGCUGAUGUCACUAAUCAAGGCUGCGAAUUCUUUUUAAAUCGUGCCUUAAAAUACCAACAACAAGGAUUAUUUCAGGCCAGGGAUACAAUAACCGAAACCUAUACUAUGAUAAGUGGGUCCUAUGAAACUACCUCCACUACUCUAUACUCUCUAAUCGUUAUGUUGGCCAUGCACCCCCUGGUGCAAGAGAAACUAUAUCAGGAUGUCAUUGAAAUUAUACCAGCCACUGACGCAAUUGUUUAUGAACAUUUGGAACAAUUGCCCUAUUUACAAAUGGUUUUAAGUGAAACAUUACGUUUGGUGCCACCCAUACCAUUUAUAGGUCGAGAGGCUUUGGAAAGUUGCACGCUAACUAAAGAUCUAACUAUACCACGGGAUUUUCAAAUAUUGAUUCCAAUAUUUCAUUUGCAUCGUAGUACAACGUUGUGGGGAGCAAAUGCCCAUAAAUUUAAUCCUGAUAAUUUUUUAGAUGCAGAGAAAGAUAGGCGUCAUCCAUAUGCUUAUGUACCAUACUCAAAGGGUGUCAGGAAUUGUAUUGGCUGGCGCUAUGCCGAUAUUUCUUUGAAAUUUGUGCUCUUGGGCCUGCUGAGACAAUAUAAAUUUGUCACCUCGUUCGCCUAUGAAGAUUUGUAUUUUGUUCAGAAGAUAAGUCUUCAGUAUUUAAGGGAGCCUAAAAUAAAAAUCAUCAAAAGAAAUUGAAGAAUUUUAAAAUGUAAUUGAUAGUUUGAAAGUUGGGCGUAUUGGAAUGUUAGUCGGGGUUUACGGU